GAAGGCUGGGCUUCUUUGACUGAAAAAGUCGACUCACUGCGGAGACGUUUGUUCGGUGGUCGUGAAUGUCCGUUGAGUAACAUUCAAUAGCUGCAUUCAGAAGAAUUACUCCUGUAGUGCACGAGCAUUUCAUUUAAACAUGGAUGUGUUAACUGGGCAGCCCGUAAUUUCUUAUCAUGGCGGUCCGAAGCAAGCACAUUUCAAUCCUUAUUCUGACAACGGAGGGAGCAUCGUGGCCGUUGCUGGAGACGACUUUGCAGUCAUUGCGUCGGACAGUCGUCUGAGCAGUGGCUAUCAUAUUCACACGAGGGAGCAGUCUAAGUUGUUCAAGCUGUCCAACCAAUGUGUCCUUGGCUCUACGGGUUGCUGGUGUGACAUUCUCACGUUCACGCGAUUUCUGGAGGCACGAAUGAAGAUGUACCUGCACGAACAUCACAAGUUGAUGAGCACGCCCGCUGUCGCUCAACUGAUUGUCACCAUGCUCUAUAACAAGAGGUUCUUCCCGUACUACAUUUCGAACAUUCUGGCGGGCCUCGAUGAAGAGGGUAAAGGAUGCAUCUACUCCUAUGACCCUGUCGGUCAUUCUGAAAGAGUGCAGUACAGAGCAGGAGGCUCCUCUAGUGCCUUACUCCAGCCGCUCUUGGACAACCAAAUUGGUUUCAUGAACAUGGAAAAUGUGAAGCCAGAGCCACCAACUCGAGAACGAGCUGUAAACAUUAUCAAAGAUGUCUUCAUUUCUGCUGCUGAAAGAGACAUCUACACUGGAGACUCCAUUGUCAUCCAUAUCAUUGACAAGGAUGGCAUCAAAGAGGAUAGACUGGCACUCCGCAGAGACUGAGCCGUUGUAAUUUGUCUUACGUGGCAGCAGAUAUUCCUUUUUCAAGUUGGUAUGUUGCUUGCAUUAAAGAAAAAAUUGUGAC